AUGGCAUCAAAAAGAAUCGUUCAGGAAGCAAAGUCAUUGCUAUCCAAAUCUCGACCAGGAAAAUCAUCAUUCGCCAUCUGUCCUAGAAGCUCACAGCGAUAUGUACACCAAAGUACAAGAUUACCAGCUAUGACAGCUUCGAGCUCGAGAAUAAGACCAACUCUACAACCUCUUCAUCAACCAUCUACCAUGUUAAAACCUGCAGCCAUUGGUGGCAGUCGCAGUAUCUUCAUCCAAACAGAAGACACCCCAAACCCAGAUGCAUUGAAGUUCCUUCCCAAUCAUCCAAUUUUACCACCCUCCCUCAAUGCACCCUUCAUCGAAUACCUCAAUCCAAGAUCCACGCUUGCGCCACCACACCCAUCCCCGCUCGCCGCAUCGCUAAUGAAUAUUGAUGGAGUUAAGUCUGUCUUUUAUGGUGUAGAUUUCAUUACGGUCACCAAAGCAGACGAUGCGAACUGGGCGCACAUUAAACCAGAGAUUUUCAGUCUCAUAACGGAGGCAGUGACUUCCGGUGCACAGAUUGUCAAUAUCACGGAGAAAACGGGGGCAAGUGGCGAAGCGCCGGAAGAAGAAGAUAGCUUAGCAUACAACGAGGAUGACCCCGAGGUUGUUGGAAUGAUCAAGGAAUUACUUGAAACCCGCAUUCGACCGGCAAUUCAGGAAGAUGGUGGAGACAUUGAUUAUCGCGGGUUCGAGGACGGCAUGGUCAAGUUGAAGCUCCGAGGCGCAUGCCGAACUUGCGACUCAAGUACAGUCACGUUGAAGAAUGGAAUCGAGGGAAUGCUUAUGCAUUAUAUUGAAGAAGUCAAGGGAGUUGUACAAGUAAUGGACGAGGAAGAGGAGAUCGCGAUCCAAGAAUUUGCAAAGUUUGAGGAGAAGUUGAGGCAACAAAAGGGUCCUGAUGCAGUUGCAUCAAGUGUGGUAGAAUUUUCCGUGGCGAAUCAAGUACGCAUUGAUGGAGCGGGCGUGGCUUUUGCAGUGUUACCAUUCAGAGCUGCAAGACUCCUUGGCUGUCAUAGAAACUUGAUGGACAGUCGUAUGGUUUUCUACUCGGAUAAUGAGGAAGGUGUAUGCGCGGAUGGCAGAUUUGAUGAUAUCGAUGGAAUGGAUGAUUAA